AUGUUCGAAGAGAAGCUCCUCGUCGGAGUUGCCUCCUUCGCCUCGACGGUCGCGGUGAUCGCCUGUCUUGUGGUGAUCCCGUCUCUGUACAGCACUAUCAAUGAAGUCCAUGAGGAGGUCAGUUUCUGUAAUUAGUUAUCAAUAGGCUUCAUGUUGUAAUAUUUUAGGUUCUUGAUGGAGUGAACGUGUUCCGUGUGGAAACCGAUGCCGCGUGGGUCGAGAUGCUCGAUGUGCAGGUCAUGGUUUCUCCGCCAUCCAAGCCCAAGGAGAACCCGUUCAACUCGGUCUUCCGUCAGAAGCGUCAGACAUUCUCCGGCCUUCCAGCCUGGUGCCAAUGCGAGCCAGCAAAACCACAUUGCCCACCAGGACCACCGGGACCACCAGGACGGCCAGGACAGCGAGGAACUCCAGGAAAUCCAGGACCACGUGGACAGGACAAUCAUCAAGUGCACGCUGCAAUUAAGUGCCCACAACGUGCUCCAGGAUGCGUCAAGUGCCCACCAGGAGCUCCAGGACCAUCAGGACCAAGUGGACCAUCCGGAAGACCGGGACCGGACGGACGACCAGGACAGCCAGGAAGAAGAGGAAACGACGGACGACCAGGACAACCGGGACCACAAGGAAACGCCGGACAGCCAGGAAGAGACGGAGGGCCGGGACAGCCAGGACAUCCAGGAAAGGACGGAAGAAGGGGAAGAGGACUGCCAGGACCAGCCGGAAGACCAGGCCAAGGAGGAAAGCAAGGAUCUCCAGGACAGCCGGGAAGAAACGGAGAGAGAGGUGCGGACGGACAGCCAGGACCAGCCGGAAGACCAGGACAGCCAGGAAACCGCGGAUCCGACGGACACCCGGGCACUCCAGGAGGCCGCGGACUGCCGGGACCGGAUGCCGCCUACUGCGCCUGCCCACCGAGAUCGUCGGUGUUCGUCAAGUCCAGAAGACACUAA